AUGCCGCCGACAACGCCGAUGCGGGGCUACAGUGGCGUGCGCACCACGCCGUACGACGCAGAAGCACGGGGAUACGAGACACAGGCGGAUGCGGCCCCGACAUCGUACCGCGCGGAUAUCGCCGCUCGUGGACGCCGGCCGUUCCACCAGCCAGGGCUGUUUUACAAGGACCUUCGCCUGCUCAUGUACGCCUACGGCGACGUGCCGAAUCCCCAACCGGACUCGAUUUCGGUCUUGGAGGAGAUGACGGUCGACUUUCUGACGGACCUGUGCCUGCGCGCGGAGCCGUCCGUGUACACACUCGGCCUCACCACGUCGCAGCAGGCUGCGGCCGCGAUCGAGAGCGGCGAGCCGCCUUCCUCGUCGCUGCGCGGCCACCCACCGGCGAUCCAGACGCAUCGCCAGCGCGCCAAGCUCGAUGAUAUCAAGCACGCGCUGCGCCACGACCGCAAGAAACUGGGGCGUCUUGAGCAGCUCCUGCCCGCCGCAUCGGCGGUGUCGAAGACGUUGCGGCGAGUGCAGGCGCACUCGUAA